UAAUGGCUAAUUUCUAGCGGCUGUCGAUAUGUUUGUUCAAUUUACACCCCGAUUAGCAUUCAUUUCAUAAUCAACACACGAUGCUCUGCCAUCGUUGGACUUUAGAGAAUUUGUGUUGGCGGGAACGGUCAUUUUGUCGCUGUGGGUUGCGAGCGAGGAGAAAGGGGUGCAGCUGCUAAACCGGAUUUGACAACUGAACAACGGGUAAUUUACAAUUUACACACGUCAGCUGUCCAUCUGGAACGGACAAAGGUCAGUCAAGAUUUGCAGCAGAUUUAUGAAUUAAUUGGGACUGGAAAGAGUUGUAGAUGAAUUGAAGUCAUCGCACGAGGAUUAAAGAACACAGUUGUAAUGGCAGAACGACCACCAGUGGAGGAUGAUUUAAAAAUAUUGAGUCGAAGUAGCAAGGAGAAGAUUUACCUUCGCAUUAACAGUAGUACUGGUGCUGACGUCAGUGAUGACGAAACAAGAUCAGGUGCCGCUUCGUCUUCCGGUAGCUUUAAGAGGAAACUUCAAAAUGAACCAACGGAUGAGGUCACGUUGGCUUUAGAUCAGAUAAUGGACCGGGCUGGGGAUCCUCACAACUCUUCUAUGGACAUGUUUCUAACCAAACCACCUAUAUGUAAAGCUGUAGAGAUCGGGCAGCUCUCUGCCGUUCGUUCUCUGUUAGAUGCAGGCUUUGACAACACUGCCAAAGAUUGUGACGGGAAUUCCCCUUUGCAUUUAGCCGUUUGUUUAAAAUUGUACGAAAUUAUGCAGUUGCUGUUGGAUCGUAAUUCGCCUCUCGAUUCUUGUAAUAUUGUGGGCUAUACACCUCUUCAUAUGGCAGUUAUUAAUAGAGAUAUCCAUGCUACCCAUUUAAUCUUAGAAACCAAUCAAACACCAGUUUUAAGUUAUAUUUCUCAGGGUGUUGCAUGUCCCCCCAUUGAUCUCAGGGCACUGUUCUCAGGGGAUACUUGCCUCCAUAUUGCCACAGAACAGAACUGUAUAGAAAUGGUUAACAUCAUUAUCAUGAAUGGUGCUAAUAUGAAUGCUUUGAAUUUCCAGUCGCAGUCGCCCUUGAUUCUGGCUUGCAGAUAUAACUACGUGGACAUAGUAGCGCUAUUGUUAGACAAGGGUGCCGAUUCCAACCUUAAGGGUUACUUUGGUAACGAGAGAGUUACGCCCCUUGGAUUGUGCGCUAGAUUAAAUAGAAUAGAAUUGACCCGGAUGUUAGUAGAACAUGGUGCUGAUGUAAACGCACAUGAUGAUAGUGGUCCGUGUCCAUUAUUUAUAUCGCUUAAUCAUCGAUCCGAUGACGUCACAGAUUACUUUUUCGCAGAGUGUCUUGACAAGGGUCUGGACGUGACCGUCUGCCGUAGAAAUAAGGAAACUCUUAUGCACGCGCUAAUGUUGUAUACCGGAGAUAAGCGCAUCCAGUAUGCUCGGAACCUUGUUUCCAAUGGAUGCUCGGUGAAUCAAGCCACGCGCUCGAAACAAUGUCCAUUGCACGAGGCAAUCGGAUGGCGGGAUACCAAGAUGGUAUCGGUUUUAUUAGAAUUAGGAGCAGACAUGGACAUGUUAGAUCGCUGGGGACAGAAAGCUUUGCACGUCGCCGUAUCAGCAGGCGUAGAAGAUGUAGUCCGACUGCUGCUCUACCACGGAGCUGGGAUUAACUCGGUCACAACUUUAGGCGUAUCCCCUCUAUUUAUGGCCCUUGAAUACCAGCAUAAAGAAUUAGCUGAAUAUUUAAUAUGUAAUGGCAGUAAUCUACAACAAGAACUCUAUUUACUAGCGCAUGAAGUAAAACGCCCUAUUUUCGUAGCCAUGGAAAAUAAGCUUACACCUCAGUAUUUACAGACAAACCCAUCGUAUCUGAACCAUCUUAGACACCAAGCCGGGUCCCCGACUAAACUUUUUAUACGCUGUGUCAGUAAAAUACGUCAUAUAUUAAAACAAAGUAACCAAUCAUUAGCAACAGCCUAUGAACUCCCGCUUCCGGUUGUGUUACAGCAGCAAAUUAGUUUUGGAAUUCACCCAGAAAGUAUAUGACCGAAUUAAUAUUUGUUUUAAAUAUUGUUAAUUAAUUUCAUUGAUUAUAUUUUUUAGUGGGGAUUGGGGAGGGUUAAUAUAGGCUAGGCCUGUUCCCCAAUCCCUAUUCAGAUAUAAUUCUGAAUAAAAUAUUGUUUAAGUAAAUAGAAUUAUCUUGGAGUGAUGUUGUGACUGUUUCGAUCCAUUUAGAUAAUUCCUUCCUUCAACAACUAUGUUAUAGUUAGUAAAUGUUGUUUUAUAAAAGAAACCAAGGUGGCUUUUUAAUGAAUGUUGUUUUAUUAAACGUAAUUAGAAGAACUAUAGUUUGUCAUUGGAUAGAAACUCGUAUUCCAAGUACAUAAAUGUACAGGGAAUAGGUUCGUCUGUCCAACCUCGUGGCUUUUCUCCGGGUCACCCGGUUUCCUCUCAAUGCUAAAUGCGCCUACGCGCAAGCAAAAUAUUGAAAUUAAAUUGAACCAUAUGUUAGUGCCGAAAUGA